ACACAUAAAGCUUUUUGCACCUGCUCUCCUUUGUGGAAACAUGCUACACACCGGCAUGCUACAGUGGCUCUGCAUAAGUGGCCAGAUUGGGAUUUAUAACAGAACUAAGCGUGUGUGUGUGUGUGUGUGUGUGUGCUUGUGCUUGUUCACGCCUGGUCUCCUCCAGUAAUAACCCCCCUCCUCUGGGGUCUCGUCCUCUCCGCACACAGGUCCACAGUCGGGGGGCAAAGGCCAGAAAAUUCUCUCCAGAUUGCUUUUGAAGUCUGAAAAAAAUGUAUCCUCGACAGUUCCCCUCUUCUCAUUUUAUCUCUCUCUCUCUUUUUUUUUUAUCCGCUCAUCCUGUCUGUUGAUUUUGCGAGCGGGUAGUGUGGACGCCUGGGAGUCAAAGGCCAAGUGGAGGUGUAAAAACCAGCAGAACAGAUGUUUUUUUUUGAAGGUUUCUCAGGUGGAGAUGGAGCCACGGGAAGUUAUUUCUCGCACAGAUAGAGAUUAACCGGGUGUGCCUCGGCAGGGGACGACGGCCUCGUUCUGGUGUGGAAUGUCGAGACCGGAGAGCGGCUGCAGGAGCUGAGAGGCCAUUCCCAGCAAAUCACCGCCAUGACCACCUUCACCUGCAAUAACGGAGCCCUGCCGCACACGUCGCUCAUCACGGCCUCCUCGGACAAGAGUCUCAGCCUGUGGGAUCCUGACACUGGGAACAGGGUUCAGACCAUUUCAGACCUCCAGUCCUCUGUGAAGUGUCUGCUGGUGCUGGAGCGGCUGUGUGUGUGGGUCUCUGGUGGCGAGGAGCUGUGUGUGUGGAGCAAAGACUUCCAGCUGCAGUGUCAGAGACAGAAUCACAGCGACACAGGAGUAACUGCUUUGAUUGAGCUGCCGAAGAACUGCAUCGCAGCGGCUAUGGAUAAAGUGAUCGUGAUCUACAGGCUGACAGUCUCGACUGAUUCCUCUCUGUCCAUGUCUGAGAUCCGCUGCCUGUCCGACCACCAGGACCAGGUCCGAGCUCUGAUCAACAUCAACGACGGCCUCUUUGCCAGCGGCUCUCACGCAGGCGAGUUGAUCUUAUGGGACGCGGUCGAUUGGAACAUCCUGGCCUACGAGCACAUCCUGUGGGAGGAGUCACAGACCCCCUCCCCUCAAACUGAAAUACGCAUAGGCGCUCCUAAACCCAGUGAGAUGUCCAUUCAGCACCUGACCACCAACGGGAAGCUCAUCCUCGCAGCAGUGGGCAGCGGCCUGUAUGUGUACAGCGUUCAGACAAAGACAGUGGUGGCCUACAGGAAGGUGGCACAUGACUCGAAUGUUUUACACACCAUGCUGUUGUCUGACAGCGAGCUCAUGUCGUGCUCUGAAGACGGCAGUGUGAGGAUGUGGGAGAUCCAAGACCUCCCUUUACCUGCAGAACCAACCUCUCCAGGCUUCUUUGGGAUGUGGACUUUCGGCCGAUCGAACAAACAGAGCGGCCCUCCUUCAAAGAAACCCGCAGACGUCCCUCACGUCCGGACACUGGAGCUGACGGGGGAUCUGAUCGGACACUCGGGGGCGGUGCAGAUGUUUGUGAGCUUCAAGGAGAACGGAUUGGUCACCUGUUCGACGGACCACCUGCUGAUUCUGUGGAAGAACGGAGAGAGGCAGUCCCACCUGCGCAGCCUGGCGCUUUUUCAAAAACUGGAGGAGAACGGAGGACUCUGACUUGACGUUUGAAUCGUCUAAUUUGUAAAAAUUUGCUGCCUUAAGAACAAAGGAGAGAUGUAAAGUUGUGGUGUUGAUGUUGUUGAAAAAACGAUUUGAAUUGACUGUAAUGAUCGUCGUCUGCACGCCAUGAUAAUGUGAUGGUUGUUGUUUUGCCUUAUGACUGAAAAAAGUUAAACUCCAGUAAAUACCUCAUCUCAGAAACA